AUGAUGGCAACAACACUCUCAUCAUCAUCAUCAUCGUCGUCGUCAAUGCUUUUAACGCGACAAAAGCGCGUUGAGAAUACUUUUCUCCCCGUUGGUCCUGGUGGUGUAAAGAAGAGUCGUCGUGGUAAAAUCAUCAUCGUCGCACAUCAAAAUCGGCGACAGGUCAGCAGGCAUCCAGGAAGAUUAAUGAAAGCCGCCGCGACAUCAUCAUCUUCGUUCGAGUCGUCAAAAAAUGACGACCCCCCUUUUGAUGAAGAAAACGGAGAGAGAAACUUCACGGCGUCUGCGUUCCAACUGUCCCCCAUGCAACCGUCCAGCGCGGUUGGGACGCACUUGAGAAACGUUUUAGAGCGAGACCCGAACGCGUUCGAGGACGCGUUGGAAAAGCAGUUACGACUGUGGGCGGAGGCUUUAGGGGAAGAAGAAGAAGAAGAAAAAGAAGAAAAAGAAAAGACGACGGCUUUGGUAAAAGAAGAAGAAGACAAAGAAGAAGCCGUAAACGCGACGAAUACUGUGAGCGUGUUUUCGGAUCGAGCGUUUUCCAAGUUGAGAAAGAAACGGGAAGUCGAGGAUGCUUUAUAUUUGUGCGUCGCUGAGAAGAAAGCGCAGAGAGGCGUCGAGCUGACGAUUGAUUUCGAAAACGUGCGAUUGCGACGAUCCGGGUUGGUGAAAAGAUGUCAAGUGUUGUCGUCGGAGUUUUUACCAGCUGGUUCGGAGGAUAUUUUGAACAAACAUUUGAUUGGCGUUUUGAGUAACGUUUCCACGAACGGGGGGUUGAAUCCCGAAAAUUUCGAAAAGUAUAUCCCGAAAGUCGUGUUGGCGCACGUGUACCAAAGGUCGGCGGCGUACGGGUACUUUUUACGCCGAGUGGAGAAGAGAUACAACGUCGAGCGGUUGUUUUCGGAAAAGACGACAGCUUUUAUAGAAGAAGAGAAAGAAGAAGAAGAAAAACGCGGAAAGAGCGCAGAAUCGAUCGCACCACCGUCUAAUAACAACAACGGUUUGAAGAGAACGCUCAAUUUUCGCGCGCGGCCUCGAUUACGCAAACGCGAAAACGACAUCGCGCACGGGAAAGUUGAAGCGGGCAACAGAAACGACGAAUUUUGCAUCGUCGAUGAAGCAGCGGGAACUCGAACGUGUGUUGAGCCGCAAUUACACUCGUUUAAAGCGUACAUUGAAUCGUUGGAUCCGGAAGUUCGUGCGCGUGCAGCGCGUAUUGAAUCCGCCGAAGCCAGAGGCGCUUUGGAGAGACACGUGGAGGCGUUGUUUGGAGCGCAAGCGUCAAACUCAAACGAACUUUCUGAACGCAUGCGUGAACUCGAGUUGUUAAUCACUAAAACGAGCACAAGACGAGCGUUAUCCAAAAAUGAAUACGGCAGAAAUCGAGAAAGCGACGACGACGACGACGAAGAAGAAACAGACGCUCGAUUACGAACGUCCUAUUUCGAAAUUGAAACGAUGGAGAUGACGUUGGAUAAUUUGAAGCAUUUAGUCAUAGAAGCGUGCGCGUUCGGUGGUGAGUUGGCCGUCGCGGAAGACCGCUUCGAUGGCAUCGAUGGUGGCGUGUUAAAUCGAUAA